GAGGGGGACCGGUUAUAAACGUGUUGGUCUGGUCCAAUUAAUGUCAUUUACAUUGAUUAAUAUCGAGAGGGAAUAAGCGAGGGGCGCUGGGGAGGCUCCGCUGCACCGAGGCCGCACACCGGGAUCAUAGGGGUAUAGGCUCUUGUACUUCUCAGUCUUGGGUUUUAGCCAAUCCCGUUGUCUUCUGUACCCCAAUGUCGCCGUGGCCCCUUCCGUUUGUUCUGUGCUUGUUUUUUGGGUCUUUCUCCGGUGAAGACGUUGCUGAACUUUCUUGGUAAGGUAUUAACACAAAAACGCUUACAAGCUUAACGUGGUCUUAACGUUUUGUUCUAUAUCUUAUAUGGUUAUAUGCUUGGUAGCCAAGUUUGCAGCAUCCUGUGACAAGAUGUAUCUCUGAGUAUCUAACCUCCUUAAACCAAACAGUUAAACGGAAGCAUCCUUUGAAAAACAAAGGAUUAGGAGAGAUUAUCCCCUUUGUUUCUCCUUCCCUUCCAUCAUUGUAUUGACAGGAGCCCUUAUGGUCACACAGGAGGGCUGGUUUCACACUAAGUACAUGGCGAUAAGGACCCCUAAGUUCACCAUUCCUGUCUCUGUCCCACCCUGGCCGCAGGUCCGUGCGCUCUGCUAUGGCUGCCAGCUGGCCGGUGGGGCUCUGGCCGGUGGGGCUGUGGCCGGGGGGGCUCUGGCCGGGCCGCAGGCCGCCCCGUCGGGGCUGCCCCGGAGCCUGCUGGCUGUGUCCGCGGAGCUGAGCGCCUGCCGCACAGCCCUGCGCCUCUUCGAUGACCUGGCCAUGCUCAGCUCCAGCUGCGGCUAUGGGCUGGGGCCCAAGGACGAGGAUGGGCUGGUGCGGGUGCUGUCGGUGCUCUGCAAUGUGGCCAACCAGCUGUACUACCCCUGCGAGCACAUGGCGUGGGCUGCUGAUGCUGGCAUCAUCCGUGCCCGCGCUCAGAAGUGGUGGACCCUGAGCAUGGGGCUCUGGGCAUCGUCCCUGCUCCUGGGUAUCCUGCGAUCCCUCAGAAUCUUGGGGCAGUUAAGAAAGCUGAAGCAGCACAAGGGCAGGACAUCUUCACCUCGGAGGCAGAAGGAAGUGAAAGCCCAAGUGAAGGCUGAAGUCCUGAGCAUCCUUGCACAAGUGGCAGAUCUCUCCAACGCAAUCCAUUGGCUGCCUCCAGGAUUCCUGUGGGCUGGAAGGUUUCCUCCAUGGUUAGUUGGUCUCCUGGGGACUGUAUCUUCCCUGAUAGGUAUCUACCAAGCCUCUAGAGGAGGGCAUUCUGAAGCUGCCUAAACCAUCAUUAAGCUUCGGGAGCUCAGUUUUUACCUGGUGAAGAUGCUUUUAGUGAGGCAGGGUGAACUUUAACUCUGCUGGGAGGCAAUGAUAGUGAUUUCACCCAGCCUGUAAUUGGGACUGUAAUCACGAUGUCUAUUACAGAGAGGGUUGUUUGCAGCUAAUGAUUGUUAUCACUCCAUUGAGAAAUCUUUCAGGUGAAUCCUCUGACAAAUCAAAAAACCUAGGCUUGGUAAAAUAGGGAAAACCACUUCCAGGCUUCCAUCCUCCAUCCCAAAACACAAACACAACCCUCCAGUCUUCGCUGUCACUUCAAAGCGCACAAAGUCAGCAUUAGAUGGGAAACCAGCCAUGGUUCUGCCACACAAAACUUCCGAGACCUGGAUCCUGUGAGCCCGAGUGUGGUGCCUUGGGAGGUGACCUGGAUCAUGGCAGUUUCUCCAUCGGGUAUUCCAGUGUUUGAGCCCAGAACUGCUGCCCCCAGGAGCCAGCGGUUAUUUUGUGUUGGUUGUGUUUCUCUGGAGGCGAGAAAGGAAGGAAAGAACCACUGGGAGCCGUGUUUCUUCGCGUCCGUGUUGCUCAUUAAGGAGAUAUACUGAAGCUGGGACACUGGGGGUGAAGGAGAAGCUGCCCCGAGGCUCCAGCCGUGCCUUGCUGGACUGCCGCCGGGUGGAGCUCUUGUACCAGGCUCCGGCAUCAGCCACCGGACUCGAUCCUUGAAGAAGCAGCGAAUGUGUUAAUCCCCGUUCAGAGAACCAAUCAAACCCGUGCCAAGAUGAGGUUUACAGUUAUAUUUCUAGGUGGUGCCAAUAAUAAACGAGAUGAAUGCUUCUAA